AAUGUGCUUUCAUACAAUGACGUUCAGUAUCGGUACAUUUCAGUUGGAAAUGAAAUCGAUAUUCCUCACUCUCCAGUGUCAAAUCUCAUUCUUCCCGGUAUCAGAAAUCUUCAUAAUGCACUUAGAGCUGCUGGGAACAAUACUCCAGUAAGUACAACUAUUGCUACUAGUUUGGUUGUAGAUGCAUUUCCUCCCUCAAACGGUCGAUUUUCGGAUGGCUCUCGGGACAUAAUGAGAUCAAUUGUGGAGUUUUUGGUAGCUAACAGGAGUCCUCUUCUUGUUAAUGUCUAUCCUUACUUCGCCUACAGCUUAAACCAACAACAGAUCCAAUUGGAUUAUGCAAAUUUUACGGCAAAUCGGGUUGUCGUAACAGACAGCAAUAACGGAUUGCAAUACAGGAACCUAUUUGAUGCUUUAACAGAUGCUACAUAUUCGGCCAUCGAGAAGGUUGGUGGAUGGGGUGUCGAUAUUGUCAUCACCGAAAGUGGAUGGCCAUCUGCUGAAAAUGGAAAUAUUGCAACGAUCCAAAACGCUAGUACCUACAUAAAUAAUUUGAUAUCGCACGUAUCGGGAACGUCUGGAACCCCAAAGAGGCCAGGGAAGAGCAUAGAAACUUAUAUAUUUGCGCUUUUUAACGAGAACAUCAAACCAGGCGCCAGGGAUGAGCAGCAUUUUGGGUUGUACUACCCUGAUAUGAGAGAAGUCUACCCUGUCACCUUCCGUUAAGCAACCAACGGAACAUUAGUGACAUGACAGAGAUAUUCUCAAGUAUAUUCCAUGUACGCUAAUUCAAUAAGGUUACACCUGCUUAAGUGAGUGAUUUAAUAAAAUGUCAUGGACCACAGUUGCCUCUAGAUGACAUGAUAAGGUACAGAUACCCUACCAUGUCAUUUGAGUUCAACUGUAUAUGUAAUGUAAUUUGUAUUCUUAUUUAUAUUGGGGUUUUAGUUUUCUUGUUUUAGGAUGAUUAUCCUGCAAGCAUUCAUGUAAUCACUACUUCGAUUUGAAAUAAAAUGUUACUUGAUUAUCUAGUAAGCGUUUAUGUAA